AGCAGUGUAGGUUGUCGAGGUUUGAAGAGAAAAGCAAAAGGAGAAUGACUGUGAAAACGUGCUGUGUGUUUUGCGUGAAGAUGUCAACCUGAGAAAGUUUCACCGCCAGCUAUCCAAAGACCAUAGACCGGAGCAGAAUGGGACACCCUAAUGUGCCACUCACGUACAGUUACACACAUUCCCACAGGGACAAACACAGAUCCAGUCGACUGCAACCAUACACACCAAACGACAACCUGAACAAUGCAUUAGGCGCCAUCAGAGUCCUUGGUUUUGAACUGAUUGAGGAUGAACUUAAACCACAUCUGAACACGGUGCUGACCAACAUAAAGGAGAGGAAGAAAGGAGCUGCCGAGCAGGUAGUGAUAAGUGGGAUCCUGCCAAUCCUGGCGCUGUCUCUGAGGAGCAGAGGGCCCCUCACUCUGCUGACUGCAAAAUUAGUGGCUGAACUCGCCAAGGAAUCUGUGGUUCGUAAAGGUUUUGGCGACGCAGGCUUGGUCACGGCUCUGCUGUCGGUGCUGACCAGUAAAGACCAAGAACUGCUCCUUCACGCUGCAAGGGCCAUCUCACGGAUGUCUUAUGACAGCUCUAAGCUGCAGGAACUGUUACUGCGUCGAGGUGCAGUGCCUCGUCUUGUUGCCAUCCUGAUUCGUUUUCCUGAUAAGGAAGCCCUGGAGGAAGUGUGCCUUCAGGCCCUGUGCAACCUCAGUGGCAUGGGCGUGGCAGAAGAGGCAGGGCUGGUCUGGCAGCGGGGUGCAUCCGUGAGGCCAGGGGAGUCUGUGUUUCAUGGCGUUUCUCCUCACACCUGCGGUUUCGCUUCUUCCGUGACUCUUGUGCACGUGUCUCAGUGGGCACCAGGUCAGUACGCGGUCAACAUUGAGGUUUUCCAGCGCUGCUCCUCCUCCUUCUGGAACCUUCACGGGAACAAAUUGUCUGCUCGUUGGUUCCCGUUCUCCAGCUUGGGGAAUUGUUCAGAUCUGUACAAACUGAUCAAGUUCUCUACGAGGAAUGUUCCUCGGACAAAAAGUCUGAAGACUCGCGUGUUCCACACUUUUCUCUGA